CGACGUCAGAAGGUCCUUUCGGAGAAGGGGGAACUAGCCGCUACCCUGUCACCACCAGAGGAAGAGCGAAGGCGUAACUGCCCCACGCCUGGCAAGGGGGCAUAGCAGGGACAAGCACGGUGCCUGCCAGGCUGGCAAAUGAAGGCGCUGGGAGCUUUGUGACUUACUGGGAAGUGCCUCGGAUAUUCCCAUGCUAACACUGGAGUGAUGUAAUGGCUUGCCUCACUAUGACUGAAAUGAGCAUAACCACAGUCCCUGCUGUGAACUCAAGUGCAGAUACCCGAGUGAGUUCAAGUGCUCCAAAACCCAGUGAGCCAGGUUUUCACAUCUUUCUGUACCAUGCAUCGGGCACUGGCGAUAAGGAUUACCUUGCAUUACCUCCAGCGGAGUAUGUUGCAGAAGAAAUCUGUAUCACUGCUGCUAAAGCAUGUGGGGUGACUCCUGUAUAUUAUACCCUGUUUGCUUUGAUGAAUGAGGCUGACCGAAUAUGGUAUCCUCCUAAUCAUACAUUUAUUGUGGAUGACACAAGCAAGCAGCUAGUGAAAUUUCGACUAAGGUUUUAUUUUCCACAUUGGUAUAGCAAUGGGAGCAGCAGAGCGUUUCGUUAUGGAGUUGCAAGAGGAUCGGAAAGUCCAAUUCUUGAUGACUUUGUCAUGUCUUACUUGUUUGCUCAGUGGCGAGAUGAUUUUCUGAAUGGCUGGAUCACAGUACCCAUAACACAUGAAACACAAGAAGAGUGCCUUGGUAUGGCUGUCCUUGACAUGAUGCGUAUGGCCAGUGAAAGAGACGAAAGCCCCAUUGCAAUAUACAAUGCUCACAGCUAUAAAACAUUUCUACCAAAGUGCAUUCGUGCCAAAAUCCAAGACUAUCAUAUUCUGACUCGGAAGAGAAUCAGAUACAGAUUCCGAAGUUUCAUUCAGCAGUUUAGCCAAUGCAAAGCUACUGCCAGGGACCUAAAGCUAAAAUAUCUCAUAAACCUGGAAAACUUGCAGUCAGCAUUUUACUCCGAACAAUUUGAAGUGAAGGAAGCUUGUCGGGAUCCUUCAGGAGGAGAGAUAUAUGCAACUAUUGUGGUUACUGCAAAUGAAGGAAUUCGCUUUUCAAGGGGCAAAGCUAAAGAUGCAUUUGAUGAGCAGGACCUGCAAACCUACUGCGAUUUUCCAGACAUCAUUGAUGUGAGCAUUAAACAAGCCAGCAAAGAUGAUUCCAGUGAAAGUCGAAUAGUGACUAUCCACAAACAGGACAACAAAUCUCUGGAGGUCGAAUUUACAUCACUGAAGGAAGCUCUGUCCUUUGUAUCACUUAUUGAUGGAUAUUACAGAUUGACAGCAGAUGCACACCAUUACCUUUGCAAGGAAGUAGUGCCUCCCCGAAUACUGCAUAGCAUCCAGAGUUAUUGCCAUGGGCCUGUUUCGAUGGAAUUUGCCAUUGAUAAGUUGAAAAGAACAGGGAGCAAAAGAGGAGCCUUUAUUCUUCGCUGCAGCCCUAAAGAAUUUAACAAGUACUUCCUUACAUUUGCAGUAGAGCGAGCUGGCGUGCCCGAGUGUAAGCACUGCUUGAUAACAGAGACUGAGACUGGAGAAUACAACCUGAGAGGGGCCAAGAAAAAUUUUGGCACGCUAAAAGAUUUGUUAAACUGCUAUCAAAAAGAAACUGUCCGAUCUGAUGGCAUCAUUUUCCAGUUUACACGAUGUUGCCCCCCUAAAACUAAAGAGAAAUCAAACUUGAUUAUCUUCCGGAGCAACAAAGUUUCAGACUUGCCUGCGUCGCCCUCCUUACAUCGACACAAUAAUGUCAGUCAAAUGGUCUUUCACAAGAUCAGGAGCGAAGACUUGACUUAUGCUGAAAAUCUUGGACAGGGUACUUUUACUAAGAUAUUUCGAGGAAAACGGGAGGAAAUAGGAGACUACAAUCAAAUCCAUGAAACAGAAGUUCUUCUCAAAGUCUUGGAUAAAUCACAUCGCAAGUAUUCUGAGUCCUUCUUUGAAGCAGCAAGUAUGAUGAGCCAGCUGUCGUACAGACAUUUGAUUUUGAAUUAUGGUGUCUGUGUAUGUGGAGAUGAGAGUAUUCUUGUCCAGGAAUAUGCAAAAUUUGGCUCACUGGACAUUUACUUGAAGAAAAACAAAAAUUCGGUUAACAUCAUGUGGAAAUUGGAAGUUUCAAAACAGCUGGCUUGGGCCUUGCAUUUUCUUGAAGAUCGCAAUCUUGUACAUGGCAAUGUGUGUCUGAAAAACAUUCUUCUGAUCAGAGAAGAAGACCGGAAGACAGGAAAUCCCGCUUUCAUUAAGCUCAGCGAUCCAGGAAUCAGCAUUUCUGUUUUGUCAAGAGACAUCCUUUUGGAAAGGAUUCCAUGGGUUGCUCCUGAGUGCCUCGAUAAUCAAAAAAAUCUCACCCCGAUGGUAGACAAGUGGAGUUAUGGCACCACCUUAUGGGAAAUAUGUAGUGGUGGUGAUAAACCGCUCAGUGCACUGGAUUCUCAAAGAAAAUUUCAGUUUUAUGAAGAUCGCCAUCAACUCCCCACACCAAAAUGGAUUGAGCUUGCCAACCUCAUCAACAGUUGCAUGGACUAUGAGCCAGAUUUCCGGCCCUCAUUUCGAGCAGUUAUAAGAGAACUUAACAGCAUGUUCACUCCAGACUACGAACUACUGGCAGAAAGUGAUUUACUUCCUAAUAUGAGAGUUGGAGCAUUAGGCUUUUCUGGAGGCUUUGAAGACUGUGAUCCAACUCAUUUUGAGGAAAGACAUCUUAAAUUCCUGCAACAACUUGGCAAGGGCAAUUUUGGAAGUGUCGAACUGUGCAGAUACGACCCAUUACAAGAUAACACUGGUGAAGUUGUUGCGGUCAAGAAGCUCCAGCACAGCACUGAAGAGUACUUGAGGGAUUUUGAAAGGGAGAUUGAAAUUUUGAAAUCCUUGCAGCAUGAAAAUAUUGUAAAAUACAAGGGAGUGUGUUACAGUGCAGGACGUCGAAAUCUGAGGUUAAUUAUGGAAUAUCUGCCAUAUGGAAGUCUACGAGACUAUCUGCAAAAAAACAAAGAAAGGCUGGACUUCAAAAAACUGCUUCAGUAUGCCACCCAGAUAUGCAAGGGCAUGGAAUAUCUAACAAUCAAGAGGUACAUCCAUAGAGAUUUGGCAACUAGAAAUGUUUUAGUGGAAAAUGAAAACAGGGUGAAAAUUGGAGAUUUUGGAUUGACAAAAGUUUUACCCCAAGACAAAGAGUAUUACAAGGUUAAGGAGCCUGGUGAAAGUCCUAUAUUCUGGUAUGCGCCAGAAAGUUUGACUGAGAGCAAGUUCUCUGUGGCUUCAGAUGUCUGGAGUUUUGGAGUUGUUCUCUAUGAACUGUUUACAUACAGUGAAAAAAACAAAAGCCCGCCAUCAGAAUUCAUGAGGAUGAUUGGCAAUGAUAAACAGGGGCAAAUGAUUGUAUUCCACCUAAUAGAGCUGCUGAAGAAAAAUGGAAGACUACCAAAACCAGACGGGUGUCCUAGUGAGAUUUAUCUCCUCAUGACUGAGUGCUGGAAUAACAACAUUAGCCAACGUCCUUCCUUUAAGGAUCUCACAAUAAAAGUGGAACGAACAUGGGACAAUAUGGGAGUAUGAGGGGUUACAUGAUUCACUUGUGGACAGAGCCAUUCUGCCAAAUAGAAUCUAAUGUAUCUUUGAAAAUCUCUUCUGAUAUGGACAAGUCUUUCUUGUUCUGGAAUGAAAACAUCCAUGACAUACACAGCUUCUGUGCUAGCCACGUUUGCGUAAAUAGAGCGAACACGUGCUCGUAGCUGAGCCGUCACAUCUAGUUCUUCAAGCAGAACAGCCGGAGAAGACAUGGAAGAUCAUUGUGAAGAGACAAGUUCAUCUUGAUCUGUGAGGAGGGUUCUGAGUGCACAGAGUAUUUGUACAGUUGUAGACUUUACAUGACCUUUUUCAAGGGCUUAUGUUGAAUCUAGCACACAUUGGGCAUUUGAAUAUGUAUAUUGGUCAUUUUCUGUAAAUUUGCUGAAUAAUAAGGACAUAUUUAAUACAUUUUGGACAAAUUUAGGUAUGUGCCCAUCAUACCCAGUUUCUAGCAAUAUGAAACCUAAACAACAAGGAUUAUCUCCUAUGUGUCACGUUAAAGGGAUCAAGCAUCACCAUUUCACGCUUCCUCAAGUGCUUUUAAAGGAAUGGGACAAACAUACAGCCAGAAAAUAGCUUUGGGUGUGUAUGUACGUAUGUGUGUGUAUAAUAUAUACACUCUUGUCUUCUAUGCCUGCCACUUAAUGAUUUGCGUAUGUACAGAUACAUUAUUUUUUUCCGAUUUGUCUUUUAAUCCCAGUAAGGUGCAGUGAUUUCAGCCUUGUUAUGACACAGGCUGCGAUGGACUAAUCACCAUAUUUGGUUGCUCUGAAAACAGCAUUGAAGUUUUUUUAUGGUUUGCAUACAGUCACUUUGACACUUCACUUCAAAGCACAGUUGUCUGUAAGUCUUUUCCGCUCCUAAUUUAGCUCAACAAUACAACUUGUGUAA